AUGUUAAAUGCCUCAUACGUAUUCCUGGACCUGCCUGCUGAGGCCGCGGGACCAUUUGGCGAGCUUCAGAAAGAUAUCAAACGUAUUUCACCGACGAAAGAAACCAACGAAGAGGCAGCUAUAUAUAAAUAUGGCUGCCCAGAAUCAUGCGCAAAGUUUUCAACAGUGUUUGCCCAAAAAAGGAUCAAGGCCGAUUGUAUAAAACAAAUCUUAGCCGAUGCACAGCUGAAACUUGGUAAGGGCCAAUCAUAUAGGCCGUAUGUAUACGGAUUAGACCGUGGUGGCUUCUUUACGAAAUUGGGCUCUAUUGGGCUAGCAUUUCUUCUCUCGAACACAACUCGCAUUUCAAUCAGAUCCGAGGGUAAUAUACAGACAUCAGACUGGCACACCGGCUCGGGUUUACUAGUUAUGGGAGGGACAACGGUGGUAUUUGAGGAGGCGAAAGAAGGCAAUACGGAGGAAGGUGAGAACAGGUUUCGGUAUUACUUCAGUAUGAUAUCAGUUGAAUCCAUUUCCUAA